AUGUCUAACAUGUGCAUGAAGGCUAACAUGAAGCGUUUGGACGGUGUAAAGGUCACUGCGAAAUUUGCCAUAGGUCAUGGUGCUUUCGCGGACAUAUAUCCCGGAAUUUGGACUAUCGAUGCAAUCUCUGGCCUAAAUGUUGAUGUGGGUACCGUUCAUAUUUAUAUCGCUCCCCCUCCUCAUUCACGAACACUGCCGCGCAUCAAGGUCGUCAUCAAAGUCUUUCGAAUUGCACAAAUCAAGGAGAAUACUCCCGAACUUCAGCAGAAGCAUCGUUUGGAGAAGGAAUGUGGUCUUUGGGCAGAUCUUCGCCAUCCAAAUGUGCUUGCUUUCUUCGGCUUGCUUGACGACCCAGCGAUCCCUUUCACGGGUCUCGUGUCACCGCGCUGCACUUCCGGCGAUCUGCACGCAUUCUUCUCUGACCCGGCAACAGCAUUUGUCGAAAGACUUCCUAUCGUGAAAGGAAUUGCGGAAGGCCUUACAUACAUGCAUGAGAAAAACGUGGUUCAUGGUGAUUUGACAAUGCGCAACGUCCUCAUCGAGGUUAUUGAUGGCAAAUUCACCCCGCUUAUAUCUGAUUUCGGUCGAUCCCGCAUCCUCGAUAUAGCCGGCUAUACUACCCCAAUCGGUGAAAUUCACUUGGCUGAGGAUGACGAUCGAACUACGAAAGCCUUUACCAAGCCAGCCGACGUUUGGUGCUUUGGUAUGGCGAUGCUUGAGACCCUUUCGGGGAAAGAGCCAUUCUUCUAUUUGAGCGAAUACAAGGCAGCACAGGCCGUUGCAACUGACCGCGAGAUACCUGACCAAAACUGUUAUCCUGCUUUGCCGCACGGUAACGCCUAUUGGAAAAUUAUGGGGAAAUGCUGGCAUUGGGAGCCUUCGCACAGAGAGGAAAUUGGUAACCUGUUGCAAGACCUAAACACUCUCAGCGAGUAA